CGAUGGUUGGCCAGGCUCCUGGGUCUGUCGUCAUGCGUCCGCCAUGACCGCGAAACUGAAGACGCGUCAAACCAUGUUUCCGUUGGGGCAUUGUGGCGCCCAUCGUCCCUCAGUCUGUGAUAUUACUCUGUAUAGCCUGCAUCCGAUCGUCGACUGACCACAGUUUCACUCUCAGUAUUUGACAACCCAGAGGCGCCUUCCACUUCCACACAUUUUCACGUGCCAAUCACAUUGACUUUGCCGUAUUUUUUUACCAUCCGUAGAGCACUUCAUCGCCUGCAUCCCGCCUUCAUCAACAGCAUCCCGACGUCACGAUGGGACGCUCAGAAGCGGGCGUGGUAGACCCCGCCGCCCGCGACAAGUACCGCUUGCAAGUAACAGCAGGACACUCAUACGACACCUCGACACAUAGAGAAGUUGCAGUGAACAGCGGAGAGGCGCACCUCAUUGAGAAUGACCUCAUGAGCUGCUGGCUCAAGAUCCAAAUCAAAGACUACAAUGGCCUGCCUCACAACUCGCCUGAGACCUCCGAUUACUUCCAACACCCCCUGCAUACCUCAGAUCGCUAUUCUAUAGGCUUUUCAUUCGUUCCGAAGCGCGACAUCAAAGGCAGCGACCUGGUCACAGGCUUCGAUUUCGACCACAGCAUCAAAGACCGACUCCCUCCCGGCUUUCGGUAUGCGAUGAGAAUUGUCACAACGAUACUGGAUCCUGGCAUCUAUUCGGACCCGUACUCCGACAAACCAUACUUGUAUGGUCCUGCAUUAAGUUCGUUUUUCGCUUUCAGGAUUGGUGAGCACACGUCCGAUGUGCCUGCGGAAAAGCAGCUGGCUUCGUUCGAGUCCGAUGCCAAAGGAGUAAUCGAAGAGGGCGCCCACGGAAGUGGUCAGCGCAUUCGCGCAGAUUGCCACAUUCCCGCCAAGACCUCCAAGCGGCGGAAGAACUUCCUGGACGAGAAGAAGCUGGAAAAGUUCACAUUUGAGGCUGGGCGCAUGUACCAAGCUGACUUUUUCAAUCCGUAUCUGGACUUCGCCAACUUCGCGUUGAGGAUUCCUGGAUUUUCCAUAUCGGUUGUAAAGUACAUUGACGACAAGACGCAUCAGCUCAGAUAUGUUUUGAAGGAUCGGAGCACGGAGGAGGUGCUCUUCGUGGUCAUCUUCACGCUUUUAUUCGGCCGGAAACUCGAAGAGACGCUAGAGGGAACUGAGACAGAGCAUGGAACGACACAAGAAGUCCCAAUCAAACCCGAACACGAAACACCAGAACGACAUGCAAGUUCCAACACCUCCUCACCUUACGAAACCUCAACGCCGUCGUCAAGGUCGCGAUCCUCGUCAGCGGCAACCUCCGACUACGAAGAUGAGCGCGAGACACGGCAAGAUCGGCCCACUGCAGCUGCUGCACUUGCAAACUCCAUAUAUUCCGGCUUCGCUGCAUUGGGUUUCGGUAGAGCGGCAAGCACUUCUACCUAUGCUUCGAGCAAGUCGGGCUCGCCAGAGCGAAGCGGCAAAACCACAGCCACUCCCGAGAAGCCAAAGACACUGGACGAGAAGGUCGAUGAAAUGGACGAUCACACAAUCGAAGAACUACUCAAGGACAAGCACUCUAGCGUUUGAAAUGAUAAUACCCAGGUUC